CCGGCCUCGCUUGAAUUGAGCCUAGACGCAUGCGCAGCUGGUCUCGAGCUCACGCUCUCGGCAGAGGUGACGCUCCUGCGUGUAGGGGCGGAACUAUUGGCCUCUGGCAGAGAGUGGGGGAGCUCAGCGCAUGCGCAGUGCCUCCUAUUCGGACGGGCACUUUGUCGGCCUGGGCGCGAGUACUCUUUGCCUGCCCCCUCAUGAGCGCCGCCGCCCUGCUCAGGGUGCCCGGCUCCCUUCUCCCGCGGGCCGGCUCGGGCUGCUGGUGCCGGCGCUUCUGGGCGGCGUCCGGGGAAACCGCCGCGGCCGCCUCGCCAGGCUCCGGGGCCCGCAGCCCCUUUGACCGGCAGCUGAAGCGGAAGCAGAAGAACUGGGCGGCGCUGCAGCCCGAGCCCGCCAAGUACGAUUACCUGAGGGAGGAGGUUGGUGGCAGAGUAGCAGACCGGGUGUUUGACAUAACCAGAACGUUCCCUCUUGCAUUGGAUGUUGGUUGUGGAAGUGGCUACAUAGCUCAGUAUCUCAACAAGGAAACAGUUGAAAAACUUUUUCAAGUAGAUAUGGCAGAGAAUGCUCUGAAAAAUACUAUGGAAACUGAAAUCCCCACUGUCAGUGUUGUAGCUGAUGAAGAAUUCCUUCCCUUCAAAGAAGACACAUUUGAUCUUGUUGUUAGCAGUUUAAGUUUGCAUUGGGUGAAUGACCUUCCUAGAGCUUUUAGAGAGAUUCAUCAAGUCCUUAAGCCAGAUGGAGUAUUUAUUGGUGCCAUGUUUGGAGGAGAAACUCUGUAUGAACUUCGCUGCUCUUUGCAGCUAGCAGAACUGGAAAGAGAAGGAGGAUUCUCACCACAUGUAUCUCCCUUCACUCAUGUCAGUGAUUUAGGACAUCUGCUGGGAGGAGCUGGCUUUAACACAUUGACUGUGGAUACUGAUGAAAUUCAAGUCAACUAUCCAGGAAUGUUUGAGAUCAUGGAAGAUUUGAAAGGUAUGGGAGAGAGUAACUGUUCUUGGAAUAGGAAACCUAUCCUACACAGAGAAACCAUGUUGGCAGCUGCAGCAAUAUAUCAAGAAAUGUAUGGAAGUAAUGAUGGUUCAGUACCUGCUACAUUUCAGAUUUAUUACAUGAUAGGCUGGAAAUUUCAAGAGUCACAGGCAAGACCUGCCCAGAGAGGUUCUGCAACAGUGUCAUUUGGCGAUCUGGCAAAAAUAAAUGCACUUAUUUCAAGAAAAAAGUAGUUCAUCCAAUGGUUACGAUUGUACUGGAUCUCUUAUGGAACUUUGCAUUGCAGAUAUUCUACAGUUGUCAGGUUUCUCCUGUUAAUGUCACUUUGAAGAGCUAAUAAAGUAGUUACAGGACUCA